CCCUUCCUCCCCAAUCACUUCUUCACGGUAAUCCCGGCUUGGACCCCAGUUGAAUCCUUCAGACCAAGUGCGGCCCCUCUCUCUCUCUCUGCAGACCAUUGAAACCGACAUGCACACAAUCUCCAUUGCCGGCUAGCACCACGACAACAAUGACUCCCCGCAUUCUUCUCAUCAACGGCCCAAAUCUCAACCUCCUCGGCAAACGCGAGCCGCACAUCUACGGCUCCGCCACCCUCGCCGAAGUGGAGGCCCUCGCCCGCGAUCAGGCUUCCUCGCUCGGCGUCGAGCUCGAGACAUUUCAGUCGAACCACGAGGGUGCCAUCGUGGACCGCAUACAGGGAGCCGCCGGCUGGGGGCCCGAGGCGGCAGUGGACGACAGGACGGAGAGGCUCCGAAAGCCGUCAGCCAUUGUCAUCAACCCCGGCGCGCUGACCCACACAAGCGUGGCCAUCCGAGAUGCGUUGCUGGCCGUGGACAUCCCGUUUGUCGAGGUCCACGUGUCCAACAUACAUGCGCGGGAGCCGUUCCGGAAGCACAGCUAUCUGAGUGACAAGGCGGUGGCUGUCAUCUGUGGCUUGGGAGUGUAUGGGUACACGGCCGCGAUCGCGUUUGCGGCUCGGCAUCUGAAGGCAGGAGAAAGGGAAUAACUCCGGAGCAAAGCACUAGCGCGCAUCGCAUGCAUGCUUUUUCCUGUUGUCACGCCACACAAACUACAUAGCCACCUGAAAGGCGGGACAGACUAUUGGUGAUUUUCAAAUUUGUCCUGGUAUCAUUAUCUGCGUAUU